AUGGACCCCUUUUCUACCGCGGCAGCGGCGGUUGGGCUGGUGGAGAUGUGUCUGCAUGUUGCGAAGUCCCUCAAAGAUCUGAAGUAUUCGGUCGCAAACAUUGGAAAGGUAAUUGAUCAGUUGAUUGCUGAAGUCGAGGCCCUGCAAAGUCUUGUUGCAUCAAUCCAACAAAUUAUAACAAGCGAGAAUGCGACACAGGUGCAGUCGAUUUCGAUUAAAACAAGCAACCUGGAAGAUCUAUGGAGAGGCUGUGUGGGAGGCUUGAGUGCGUGUCAAGCUCUUGCGACACAAAUUGAGAGUGUGAUUAAGGAGAUCUCCGGUACGGAUGGCAACAGGGUCAAGAACAAUCUAGAUGCCGUCCUAAAAGUGAAACGGAGGCGGGAAAACGCCGACAGACUGCAGAAAAUUCGAGACGAGAUUGGAGUAGAAAAGAGCAACCUCCAAGUUUUGUUGAUUGGGAUGACUCUGUAA